UUUCACGACGAACGACGGCCUAUUUGUUGUUAAAGUUCCUUUUAUACGUAGUGUGACGUAAAUGAAAACAUCAGAUAACGAAAAAGGGAAAUAUUUGCAUUAUUUUGCAAGAUAGUCUGACAUAUUGUUUCUGCAAGUUCGGUUGUUAGAUUAAAUUUGUACUUGAGUACACUUGUACAGUAGAUAAAUGGAGAAAGUUGUACGAAUUAGUCCAUAUUGUUAUGUUCAUAUUCAAGAUUUGACAAGUAAUAUCACAGUCCUUGAAGUUGGACCAAGGACAAUAAUUCUUCAAGAUAAUCAUAGACUUAUUAAAGGACCAUUACCAUUUGUUGUCAUUCCUCCUGGUCAUUACUGUGAAAUCAAAGAUCCUGUCAAGAAACCAUGUUCUCCAGGACAGGAACAUGAUUUAAAGCAUGGUUAUGUUGAGAUUCGUUUUUACGGGGAACCAUUUCCACUUUAUCCAGGAGAGUGUUUGGUUGGAGCAAGAAAUGAUGAUUUCAAGGCUGCUGUCAAAAAGUUGCCAUUUGUUCCCGAGCACAAAGCCAUCAAACUUAAAGCAAAUGUGGAUUGUGAUGUGAAUGGUAUUGAAAGAAAAGCUGGUGAAAUGUGGCAAAUUGAAGGACCAACGACCUACAUACCUUCACCUGAUGUUAAAACUAUGGGUUUUCGUGAUGCAAUAGUCAUAGGAUAUGGAGAAGCAAUUCGCUUAAAGGCAAAGCAGGAUUUAGUUGAUAAAAGUAACAGGAAGAGAGUUACUGGAGAGGAGUGGUUGGUCAGGAAGAUUGGAGCCUAUUUACCAGGUGUUUAUGAGGAAGUAGUCACAGUCGAAAGUGCUUACACUUUGAGGCAUGAUUCUGGGCUACAUCUCAAGGCAACGAAAAACUGUGUUGAUGCAUUAGGCAAGAAAAGGAGUAUUGGUCAAGAGUGGUUGGUUACUGUAGACGACAGUGAGACAUACAUUCCCGAAGUUGGUGAAGAAGCAGUAGGUGGUGUCCGAAAGACAGUCUUAAGUAAGAAUCAGUACUGUGUUGUUCUGGAUCCUGUCGAUAAAAAUGGCGUGAAUCAGCUCGGGUUGCGCCAGCUUCGUGUCGGAGUCUCGAGCUUUUUCUUACACCCUGGUGAGGUUCUUGAAGCUGGUAUUCAGGAAGCUUAUGUACUAAGUGAUGAUGAAGCUCUAGUACUCUCAGCUUUGGAUUAUUAUGAAGAUGAUACUUCAGAAACCAAGAAAAUUAGCAGAACGCCCGGAGAUCGAUGGAUGAUUCAUGGACCACGUGACUAUAUCCCACCAAUCGAAGUCAAGGUUGAAACAAAAAGGAAAGCGAUUGCUUUGUCAGAAAACAAUGGCAUUUAUGUGCAAAAUGUUCAUACUGGCGAGGUGCGUGCGAUCCUUGGACCCCAGUCGUAUUUACUAAAGGAAUACGAAGAAUUAUGGUCUAAAGAUCUUUCCACAGAGGUUGAAAAACUGUUGAGUCUAGGUGGUGGCUAUGGUGAUGGUACUGAUAUCAGAAAAUUGGCGUAUUUUGAGUCAGCGAUCAAUCCUGAUUAUACCGAUGGAAAACGAGAUAAGAUGAAAGUUGUUACGUAUAAAUGUCCAAAAGGAACCGCGGUUCAGGUAUACAACUAUAAAGAAAACACCGCGCGGGUGAUCUUUGGACCUGAUAUGGUUAUUCUAGGACCACAUGAGAAUUUUAAUGUCCUCAGUUUAAGUGCUGGAAAACCAAAGAAAGAAGGAGCAUUGAAAAGCAUAUUGUUGAUGCUUGGUCCUGAUUUUAUAACCGAUAUUAUAGAGGUAGAGACGUCUGAUCAUGCGAGACUCCGGAUAAAACUUGGUAUGAACAAUCAUUUUGAUGUAGAUAUGGACGACCCGGAGUCCAGAAAGGCUAUCUUCUCGAUAUCCGAUUUUAUUGGAUAUGCCUGCAGGAAUGUUGCCAGUCGAAUCAGAGGCAUGGUAGCCCAGACUCCAUUUGACCAGUUUCAUAGAUAUUCAAACAGUAUCAUACGAAAAGCUACCUUCGGUGUUGACAGCGAUGGAGAAGUGAAGAAGAUGUUAAAAUUUGAUGCAAAUCAACUCGUUAUAACACAAAUUGAUGUCCAAAGCAUCGAACCGGUGGAUGAAAAUAUGAAAAAUAGUUUAAUGAAAUCCGUGCAGAUGGCCAUCGAAAUAUCUACGAUGUCGACUGAAAAAGCAGCUGAUCACGAAGCCAAACGCCAGGAACAAAUCGCGAGAGGUUUGUUGGAAAGACAGAAGCUUUUGAAUAAGAAAGAAGCGGAGGAGUCAAGGAAAACCUUGGCUGAGUUGAGAGCCAUUACAGCCGCUGUUGAGUCUACCGGUCAGAGCAAAGCAGAAGCGCAGGCAAAGGCAGACAAACUUCUGAUACAAGGAGAGUCAGCCAUUGAAGUUGCCAAACUGAAAGCUGAAGCAUCAGCGAUUGAAUUUAAAGCAGAGUGUGAUACGAAACAGAAGAAACAUGAUAGAGAGAUAGAAUUUCAAAAAGAAAGAGAUGAGAUGGAAAUUAGGAAGCAAGAAUCAUUGGCAGCUAUUGAAUCCUCAAAGGUUGCAUCAAUCAUCCAGGCGAUAGGCCAGAAGACACUGGCGGAGAUUGCUUCUGAGGGUCCUGAAUGUCAGGCUCAGAUGUUAAAAAGUCUUGGUAUCCAGAAUGUCUUAAUCACAGAUGGUUCAACUCCAAUAAACAUGUUGUCAAGACCUGAUCAAUGUCUGUAUUGAUGCAUCCAAAUAUAAUCAUAUUAUUCCAAGUAAGUACUGUAAUUUAGAAGCUGACAUUGCAAAUUAAGCCAAUGUGAGCUAUCGCUAUUGAACACGAGAAUUUGUUUCCAAAUGGAAAAUAGGGCAAAAUGAUCAGGUAAAAAGGUAUUU